AUGAUGUCUUGUAAUUACACCUCUGUUUAUUCUAUAUCUCCUUCCUCUAAAUCUGCUUUUACUUCUCCCUCUAUCUUUAAUGUCAACCCCAAAAUCUGUUGCUCUGCUGGAGGAACUAUUGCGGAACCAAAAGCUAUAAAUGCAACAGAACCUUUGUUGCUUGAUGCUGUUCGGGGUAAAGAUGUAGAAAGGCCUCCCGUAUGGCUUAUGAGACAAGCAGGGAGGUAUAUGAAGAGCUAUCAACUCCUCUGCGAGAAGUAUCCAUCGUUCCGUGAUAGAUCAGAGAAUGUUGAUCUUGUGGUAGAAAUUUCUCUACAACCCUGGAAAGUAUUCAGGCCUGAUGGGGUUAUUUUAUUUUCAGACAUUCUUACUUCUCUUUCUGGGAUGAAUAUCCCUUUCGACAUUAUAAAGGGGAAUGGUCCUGUCAUAUUUGAUCCCCUGGGAACAACCGCUGAUGUUGAGAAAGUUAAAGAAUUCAUUCCUGAAGAAUCAGUUCCAUAUGUUGGAGAAGCAUUAACAAUUUUGCGGAAAGAGGUCAAUAAUCAAGCAGCAGUUCUUGGUUUCGUUGGGGCACCUUUUGCCCUGGCGUCAUAUGUGGUUGAAGGAGGUUCCUCUAAGAACUUCGCAAAGAUAAAGAGAUUAGCUUUUGCAGAGCCCAAGGUCCUGCAUGCUCUCCUUCAAAAGUUUGCGACCUCUAUGGCUAAAUAUAUCCGUUACCAAGCAGACAGUGGAGCUCAAGCAGUUCAGAUCUUUGAUUCAUGGGCCACUGAGCUAAGCCCAGUCGAUUUUGAAGAGUUUAGUCUGCCUUAUUUAAAACAGAUAGUGGACUCAGUGAAACUAACCCAUCCUGAUCUCCCACUGAUUCUUUACGCAAGUGGAUCGGGUGGCUUGCUCGAGAGACUACCAUUGACAGGUGUAGAUGUAGUAAGCUUGGAUUGGACAGUUGAUAUGGCUGAUGGAAGGCGGCGACAUGUUGCCAUACAAGGUAAUGUGGAUCCUGGUGUCCUUUUUGGGUCAAAGGAAUUUAUCACCAAUCGAAUAAAUGAUACUGUCAAGAAAGCUGGUAAAGGGAAACAUAUUUUGAACCUUGGACAUGGCAUCAAAGUAGGCACCCCGGAGGAAAAUGUUGCUCACUUUUUUGAGAUUGCUAAAGGACUUAAGCUGAUUUUAUGGUCAUCAAUCUUAACUUGUUCCUAA